AUGUUCGGGAUUUUGCGAACACGCACCUCUUGGUUUGUACUAACAUCCAACACGGUUGAGCGGACGACAGUCUUGGCCAGUGUUGCAAAACGACGUCCUGAACUCGACAAAUGGUUCCGCUUGUCGAAAUGUUUCAUGUUCAACAUUUACGUUGAGUUCCUGGAUCUUUGGUCGACCAAGGCAGGGAUGAUCAUUAUCUUUCAACCUCAUUUUGGCAAUCCAAGCGCUGGAUGGUGGUUAUAUGCUAUCACCAUACGUCUACCAAUCUCCAAUGAUCCCACUUGGUGGCCAGCCAUCAGUGCGUAUCGUGUUUGCAGCUAUUUUGCAGUUGCCGCCUUCGUUGGAGUAACAUAUGAUUGGGCACUAACAUUUGGGCAAGAGGUCGAAUUGAUCUGGGUGCGCUACCUUGGAAUCCUAUCUGCUGUGCAAGUGUUCCGACCAUCUCAGCUGACAGAUACAAUGCUGGAUUACAUCAUAUGGGAUUGGAUGGCUGUUGUGGUAUUUGCGAUGCUGUGGGUGAUCAUCAUCACUCGGUUGCAUGCCAUGUAUCAACGAGACAGAAAGAUCCUGAUAUCUCUCGUUGUCACCUUCCUGGCGAUCAACACUUUUGAUGGAGUGAACGCCGUAAUGACAACGAUGUAUACUUCAGCAGGACAUACCCUAGUUCUGGAUUCUGUUGCUUGGAUAUUCACCAUUGUGUGGGAGGUCCUCGCACUAUGUCUCGCAGUCUGGAUUGCGGUAAAACACUUCUGUGAACUGCGAUUACAUUCGGCAGGAGGGAUUAUGGGUGACUGUUUUACGGUGUUGAUGAAAACUCACGUGGUUUACUUUGCGAGGGUAGAACAUGAUAGCUUUCUUGCUGUUUCUUGCUUCGAGCUCAUCCUUGAUUUCUCUCCAACAUUAUUAAUGGACCAAAAUCUCGUAGAAAGUCAGACUUUUUUCGGCUUGGUUCAGAUUUUCUCAGUGGUGCAGAUGUUUGUGCUGGGACCACGCCUGAUCCUUGGCAUCCGAGAAUAUAAUGCUAAGCUAGUGGCUGACUCCGACGCAGCAUCCCGCAUGACCUCCAUUGCUUUCCAAGAACGUGUGCAUAUAUCGACUAGCAGUGGUCUUGACAUUGACAAGGUUUCAACUAAUGUCCUGGAUAUCUCUGCUGUACCAACGAAGGAAAGCAGUGUACAGAACGGGAAAGUCGAGGAGCAAGAGAUGUUUAUAGGCGAUGUCACCAGAACGUUAGAUGCAAGUUUCUAUUUGCUCCCGCUUCUCAUCUUCGAGGACAACUCGUGA